AUGGCUCCUAAAGCACCUAAAGAUCCUAAUGCACCUAAAAAAGGCAAAGCCCCUAAAGCACCUAGACUACCUGUAAUACCCCAAGGUCCUUAUAUCCUCUCUGCUCCACCUACAAAACCAGGACAAAGAUAUUAUGAGUUUGGAGAUUGGCUUAACUCUAAGUGUUACUGGAAGGGGAACCAUGAUUUGAAGAAAUUAAUUGCAACUUUCUUGACUCCUACUCAACAGGAUAAGCUUAAUAAUGGUACAUUUAGAUACAUUAUGGCUAUGGAGAAUUUUAAAUGCAUCAUGAAGUUGGUGCAUUGUCUGUGUCUUUCUCGAAUAUUCACGAAUGAUCGAGACUCCAUUAGUUUCAAGAUUUUUGGGCAUGAUGCUUCCUUCACCCUUAAAGACUUUCACAUUAUGUGUGGUUUGCGGAUCACAACACACAAUGUUGAAAGACCAAUUAAUCGAGAGAGCAAUCUUCUGAAGCGGUAUUUUGGUAAGUCCAAGGGUGUGACUUUGAAGGAUAUUCGAAGUUUUAUGACUCGCAAUGAAAUUCCAAAGAAUGUUGUGAAUCAUGUACACGUAUGCGAGAGUGAUGAUGAUGCUGUUAAGCUUAUGGAAAUUAUUGUUGUAGAGUCUAUUCUGUUUGGGAAAAAUACUGAGUUAUGUGUGGCGGAGGAGUAUGCAUCUAUUGUUGAAGAUGAUAAGGUUUGCGCUGAAUAUCCUUGGGGUAAUGUGGCUUAUGAGAAGCUCAUUUAUGCCCUGAAACAUGCAUUGUACAAGCAGAACAAAUUCCAUACAACUGAGUAUAAACUUGGUGGAUUUCCAUAUCCGUUAUGUGCUUGGUUCUAUGAGCGCUUCCCAGAUGUUCGGGAGAAGUAUAUAAGAGAGGAUGAGAAUCUUGAUAACUCUCAGGUCCCCAGGAUGUUACGUUAUAGAUAUCGCGACUUUAGGGUAAUGGAUAUAAUUCCUACAGAAGAGGAAUUGAAUUCAAUGCCUUUAAUUGGAAAAUUAUCGUGCAGCCGGAUUCGUUCAAAUGUAGUUAAUGCAGUUCCUUCAACUGGUGAAUCACCACGUACUCUGAAUCGAAUCGAACUCCUGUCAUUGAGAUUAACGACGGAGGUUCAAAGGCAUGCAGAAAAAGAAAGAAGCACGAUCGUGAACGGAGUUUUUGAUAAGUUUAAAAAGGAGGAGCGAACUGCUAUUGUGGAUACGGUUUUUGUAAAAGUGAAGUUUGAAGUGUUGUUUACGAUUGUCAACAAAUCAAAUGGAAUGGGCGAUGGCAAUUUUGAUUUGAGUAAGCAUCGAGAAUAUGACAGGAUGAACGACUGUUACGAACAUCCAUCGGCUUUUGAAGGCGAUCAACAUGUUCAAGAAGAAUUUGAGGAGCGACGUUCCACUGCUGAUAGAUUGAGCAGAGAUGUAAAUGAUGAAGCACAUUUAUCAACUGAGAAUAUUGGAAGCAAGCAAGGUGCAGAUAAUCAAGUUGUUGAGACUGAAGAACAUACUGCUCAUGAUGCAUUGUGUAAAGUCGCAGAUGAUAAUGCUACACAUAAUGAAGCGGCUGUUGAAGGCGUUGAACAUGUUCAACAACAUGGUGGAGAGGAACAAUCCAGUGUUUGUAGACAGAGUAAAGGUGGAAAGAAAGGUGCAGAUGAUCAAGUUGUUGGCACUGAAAAACAUGCACCGAGUUGUGCUUUGGAAAGUGAUAUUGGAAAAGGAGCAUUAGCUAUUUGCAAAGAACUUGUAGGUGGUGAUACACAUGAAAUUGUUACUACAGUGGAAGUUGAAACUAGUUGUAGUUCAACUCAAAAACUCUCUAAUGAUGCUCAAUUGAAUGAAGGUAGAGUUGAGAAAAACCUUCCAGAAAAUACUGCAAUGGUCAUCGCUGUUGACAUGUGA